GGCCGAGCCGAGGCGCCCGCAGCGGGUGGGACCCGGGCGAGCGCGGCUGACCUGGGGCGCGCGAUUACCGCGCAGUUCGCACUCACCGGUCCGGGGCGGGAGGGGUGUCCAGCCGCUGUCCCGAUGGGGCUGUGCUUCCCCUGUCCCGGGGAGUCCGCGCCUCCCUCGCCGAACCUGGAAGAAAAAAGAGCAAAGCUUGCAGAAGCUGCAGAGAGAAGACAGAAGGAGGCUGCAUCUCGGGGCAUUUUGAAUGUUCAGUCUGUGGAAGAAAAGAGAAAGAGAAAAGAAAAAAUAGAAAAGCAAAUAGCUACAUCUGGGCCCCCACCAGAAGGUGGACUUAGAUGGACAGUUUCAUAAAGGACAAUAUGAGUUGAGAGUCUACUGCCAAUAACUAGUAUCUGCAAUCAAGUGGACAUCCUCAAUUUAACUUCUUCUCUUUGAAUAAAUGAAGAUUAAGACUUUGUAAUUUCAGUGCCCUUAAAUGCAGUGCUUUUUCAGUAUUGAAAUAUUGAAAGUGCUUUUGAUUUUCAGACUUAGAAAAUGGCCAUAACUUUCAUUGAAUACUUAUUUUCCUACAUUUGCUUUUUUGCUGAUAGUGGGUAAUAUGCUAUUUUUAGUAGUGAAAUCUAAAUAGUGAAUAUGUAUACAUCACAUGUAAAGAUUCUGCAUAACUCAAAUAUUAAAAUUUGCGGUUUUAUUUUUCCUCCUUUAUAGAAUGGUCUACCUAUUUAUAGUUGUGCUGCUUAGCCAUAUAUUUCCUUUGUUUCAUUAUAUAUGAAGACCUUUGCUUAAACUUAUGGACUUAGUGCCUUUAAACUGAUCAUCAGGGAAAACCUUGAAAAAUCAUUCGAAGGGAUUAUAUGAAGGAACACUAAAUUUUUAUAACUCAUUAAGUAAUGAAUAUUUGUAGAAAAUAUUGAAUUUCUCCUAAUUUAUUUUUUACUUGUAUAGCUUAUUGCAACAUACUAUUUUACAUUACAAUGAUUUUUUUUGCUUGCUAAAUUUAAAAUUAUAUCAAUCAGUGAUACCAUCAGAGGGCAGUGAUGUACUGUUGUACAGGAUCAGGUUCAGCUCUCUGAAGAUCUUUGUAGCAACUGAAUGAGUUAAACUGAAAAUCAGGGUGGGCUACACCGAGGGGUAGUGUACUUGUCCAAGUUUCAUAGAUUUUUUAUUCUUUUGUAUUUAUUUAAAAAUGGUCGUAAGAUUUAUACAGAUGUGAAAUUGCCAAAGCAAAUAUGAAUGCAUGAAACAUGUACUAUAUUUUAAAAGGACUAUUUUAAACAUUAAAAUAUUAUGAGAUUAUUCUAUGUUAUGCAUAGUCAUGAGCUUUGUAGAUUUUUAUUAGUAACAUGAGUUUUACAGCAUUUUGUUUUUUGCAUUUUUUUCUUUCUAAUGUAUACUAAGCUAAAAUAGAAAAAUUGCUAUAUCUUUUGAUUAGCUAUUGUGGUUGCUCUUUUGGAUGGCAAGGCUAUAAUCUGAGCCCUAAGUUAGAAUUUGCAGAUACUAAUAGAGACGAAAUUAAAUAGACCAGCUUAUUUGAUUUUUAGAAAGGAAACUGAGCCACUGUGUCACUCACCCCUACCAUAAGACUUGUGUUAUAUUGCAGUGUAUUGUAUACGUUAAUUUUAAAGAGUUUGAACUAUAAUAUAGGUCUUUUGACUCAUCAUUGAAAAAAUAACCCUUUCUAUUAUGGCAUGAAAUAUUUCAUGAUAUCCAUGCAAGACAUAUAGUUAGGCUCAGUUUUCUUCAUCCUUUAGAGAAUUAGUGGUAUUUUUGUUCAUAAAGGAUAGUGAAACUAUUGAAUUGCAUUUUAGAAAUAAAAUUUUGACUUUUAUGAACAUGAUUAAUUUUUCCAAGGUAGAAAGGUAAAAGAAUCAUUAACAGCUGAAAGGAUAUAGAACCAGACGUAUCCUUAAACUGUGCAAAUCCUUCCUUCUGUUUUAACAUAGAAACAACAGUUUUCUCUCUACUGCAUCCUAAAGUAUGACAACUUGGGUUAGUGUAAACAAAAGAUUUAUAUCUAGGGGAUAAUUCCUUAUUUCUAAUAGCAGUUUAUACGCAAAUACCAUGCUUACGUACUGUUGAAGCAUGAAUGGUAGGCUGGCCUGUCGCUUUCUGGAACAGUGGGAGGUCCUGCUCCAGCCACUCAUGACCCGCCUUCCUGCAUGGGUGUGAUCAGCUUCCCCAAACCUCCUGGGUCACGUGGACUAAGAGGUGCUACUCAAAUGUUAGGAGCAGUGUUAGGAAGGGAAGGGGGAGACUAAAUUCCUGACAGGAAACUGGCAAAUUAUUACUAAAAAAAGGAAAAUUUGUACACUCCUAUAGAUACAUCCAGGCAUCUCCCUCAUAAAGUUAUGAGUGGAAACCUUAAUUUGGAGCCAAUUUGCCAUAAUUCAUAACUUAAAUAGGAAAACGUAAUGCUUAAUAUGGCACCCAAACCUCAUGCCCAAAUUACUAAAAUAUUAAACAGUAAAAUGCAUGUAGGUAACUAUUGUGUUAAGACGAAAAAUACCUAAAUCACUGCUUUAUUAUUCUAGUCACCCAACACUUAACAUAGCUGGUGACAAAAAGUUACGUAUUAUUCAAUGGCCUCUCUGUUGACACUGCAUGUUUUAUUAAGCAUCUAUAUGUGACACUUCUGCCACUUGUGUUUAGAAUGUAAUUAAUAGUUUUCCCGCACAUGGUUUUGUUAGAAAUUCUGUACUGUCAUAUACGGAU